GCUUAAUCGACACCAGUUCGAGAGUGCAUGCAGGGCUUGGCUGAAGGAAGUCGAUGAAUUCCCAGAGGAGGAUCCGCUAUUGCUCAGGCAGAUCCGGGAUGGCUGGAGGUGGAAAGAUCAUCCGACUUUUCCGGGAUACGGAUACCUCAAUCGGACUGUCUCUCUCACGGGACAUCGAAGCGUGUCAUCGCCGACUAUUGCUGCCACUGAUGAUGAUCUCGGCAUGCCCGAAAUGCCUGACGACCCCGCCGCCGCCACAGAGUUUCCAAGCGAGCGCAUGACAGUAGACGAAAACAUCGUCUUCUCUUCAACCUUUCAAGUGCCUGCUUUCUAUUUCUCCGCUUCGGACGAAAGUGGUUCACCUCUUUCCCUACCAGCGCUUAUCCGUUCCCAGCUGUUCCAUCUUCCCCUCCCCCUGUCUACCCUCAACAUCGAGCAGCACACCAUCGACCUCCCCGGCCCGGAAUCAGAUGCCUCUCCCAUCCCCCUCCUCACACAAGGGGAACACCCCACGACAGGCAGAAUGUGCUGGUUCCUCCACCCAUGCGAGACCUCCGGUGCUGUAAAGGAGCUCCUUGAUCAUGGUGCGCCGCCCGGAGAGAGGUGGGAACUACACUGGCUCAAGACGUGGUUUGUCGUCCUCGGAAGGGUUGUGUAUCUGCGCGGAAUCUCCGUCUAG